CUCAACAGCUACCGCAAAUUUGACAAUCCCGCAAAUGUUAAGGAAAAAUUCUCGAAUUUCUUAAACGAGCUUGAAACAAUUUGCCGAAAUUUACAACUUGGCGUUACUUCUUCUGACGGCCUUCGAAAUGAGAUGAUGGCUCUUGAAGAUGACGAAAAAAUAAUGACCAAGUUUUUAGGAUUGUUCGAAGAGGAAUCAGAAUUUGCUAUAAAAUCUGGCACUGUCUUUGAAGAAAUCUGGACCAUACGUGAAAAAAUAUCCAAAGAUGAAAUGUUUGAGUUGCCUCAUAUACCACCGACACAUUUAACAAAACAAAAAUCACAAAAAUUAACUGAUUCGCGAGGCAAG